GCUGGAGUCACAGAUCGCUUCGACUGCUUGAGAGAAAUGGCUGAGGCCAGUGUCGGUAACAGGGAUAUUUUGGAGUGUCCUAUUUGUUUGGGUCUUCUGAAUGAUCCGGUGACUCUUACCUGUGGGCACAGCUACUGUUUGCGCUGUAUUGAGAACUGCUGGGAUAAGGGCGACAAGGGCGUUUACAGCUGCCCCGAGUGCAGACAGACUUUCGCUCAACGACCCGUUUUAAACAAGAAUAUUGUACUUGCUGAGCUCGCAGAUCAAAAGAAGAAGAUCGGAAUAGGCCAACAAACCUCUGAAUGUGUUGCUGGACCUGGAGAUGUGGCGUGCGACGUCUGUAAAGGGAUAAAACUCAAAGCUGUCAAGUCCUGUCUGCAGUGUCUCAAGUCUUACUGUGCCACUCACCUAAAAGCUCACAAUGAACUUAUAGAUGGAAACCACACCAUUACCGACGACACGGGCCAACUACAGGAGAGGAUUUGUCCCAGUCAUAAGAAGGUUUUUGAAAUAUUCUGCCGCACUGAUCAGAGUUGCAUCUGCUAUCUGUGUAUGGUCGAUAAUCAUAAAGGCCACGACUCAGUCACAGCUGAGGCAGAGUGGAGUCAUAAAAAGGAGGGGUUGGGGCAGAGCCAGAGGAGAUGCCAGCAGAUAAUCCAGUUGAAGGAGAAGGAGCUGCAGGAGCUGAGGAAGGCUGUGGAGACUCUCAAGUCUGGUGCACAGACAGCAGUGGAGGAGAGUGAGAGGAUGUUUACUGAGAGGAUCCGCUCCAUUGAGAGAAGGUGCUCUGAGGUGACAGAGCUGAUCAGAGCUCAGGAGAAGGCUGAGGUGAGUCGAGCUGAAGGACUCCUGAAGCGACUGGAGCAGGAGAUUGCUGAGCUGAAGAGGACAGAUGCUGAGAUGAAGCAACUUUCACUGACUCAGGAUCCCAUCCACUUCCUGAAGGUAGACAGCAUUACUUUAUAGAGCGUUCAAAACAUGGCUAAACACAGUGGUA